AUGGGCUAUAUUUCGGCUCAAUAUAAUGGGCCUUGUAAAUUGGGCCUUAAGAACGGGUCUUACAGUUCGGUCCACUCGGCCGGCCAGAGCUCACCUUGCAAUGGUUUGAAUUUUUUCAGCGCAUUGCCGUCUCUGAAAGCAAGAAGAAGAAAGUGGUGGUUGGAAGGCCAGAGCAAUUGCUGUUGUUGCUGGAAGGGCGUGUUUGGGUGUGUGGGAAUGUCGAUGGGGAGUGACAGCACUUGGGUUGGGAAGAAGCCUCUGAGACGCAUCGGAGGCAUGUCCGACGCUCUCUCCAUUGCUUCGGAUCUUGGCUUUUCUGUUGCCGCUCCUCCUACCCAGGAAGAGCUUCAGAACCUAUCCAGUACUACUGGUGAGAAGGGUGAUGACUUGAUAAAGGUUUUGAGGGAACUUACCUCUGUACAAAGAAAAAUAGCAGAUCUGCAAGUUGAACUUCAAGGGAGAAAAGAUGAUAAAAACGUAGCACAUUUGACACAUGCGAGUGAAAUGGAAAAGAAGUGUGAAACUUUAGCGAGGAUUACAACCAUAUUGAAAGAUGUGAUUCAGAAUAAGGAUCGUAUCAUAGCCCGUCUUCAACAACCAUAUUCACUCGAUUGCAUUCCAGUGGAAGCAGAGUAUCAGAAACAAUUCUCUGAAUUACUGAUGAAGGCUGCUAGUGAUUAUGGGGCCUUGACAGCAUCAGUUGCAGAUUUUCAGUGGAGUCAGACAUUUAAGGAACCUCCUUCAGUUUGGGGGGAAAUGCUUCGUCCAAUUCCUGUUGCCUUAGCAUCAUGCACUCGGUUCUUUGAAGCAAUGUCUGCUAUGAGGGAAUCAUUUUCAACACUUCAGCAUCUCAGAGUCGGUCAUAGUGACGCAUCUUCACCGAUAACACCAGGCAAGGAUUCCUCCCGAAGAGUACCAGGGGAUUCCGAAUGUGUAACUCCACCGCCUUGGAGAACUGAACCAAGCUUUGAUGACUUAGCUAUCAGAAGCUCAAGGAGGCCAGAAGUCGAGCACCGAGAAGCAGACGAUGAAAACAGUGAGGGGGAUGGAACUAGCCACAGGAGAUUAUCAUGGCCUCCUUCAGUUAAAAAGAGUGGUGUUUAG